UCAAAGCUCAGUUGAAGCAUAGCUUUUGCCACCGACAGACGUGUCUUGUUCGAAUAAGUACCCAGUAAUAACAAAAAAAAAAACGAAGAAAACAUUUUAAAAACCACAAACAAAGUGACCUCAUCACCAACUAUCACAUCCAAUGCAUCCGCUUGGCGUUUUUUCAAGCGCUCUGCUGCUACUGGCAGUCGGUGCACAGGCGCAAAUCAAAACAUCUGGCAUCAAGACGCAUUACCCGGUCGCCCCGAAUUCGGGUAAUUUAAUAUAUAAUGAACACAACUACACCGCACAAUACAAUCGCAGCUUUGUGCCAGCGGACACCUAUCAGGGUGGCAAUGUGGGUGUUUAUAGUGUGAAUACCGCGGAUCAAAACAGUUCAACGAAUUUGGCCGGCGGCAGUCAUUUGGCUAGCGGCAGUCAUUUAGCUGCCGGCGAGGAGUACCACUACUAUGGCGCUGGCGGUAGCAGCAGCAGCAUCAACAGUGGCAGCAGUUAUGAAUAUGGCAGUCAGGGGUAUGGCAGUCAAGGGUAUGGCAGUGGUGGUUAUGCCCAACAACGCGUACCUACCCGUGCGCCACAGUUUAUGGACGCCACGGCGGAGUUCAUCAAUAAGACGCGUUCACAAAUGGCAUCUGGCAUUUGUUACACGGAAGUGCCCACCUUAUCACUGGUGCGCGACAAAACGAUGCUACCAGCUGGCAAUGGCACCAGCUCAGACAAGAGCAAAAUCCAAAUCUGCUGUGAAGGCUAUGUACGCAAUCCACACGUCUACUCACGCUGCGAUCCGAUCUGUCUCGACGACUGCCCGAAUGGCAUUUGCACGGCGCCCAACACCUGCGUCUGUAUUCCCGGCCACGUGCGCAAUCACGAGGACAAAUGCAUCUCGACCUGCCCCAUCGGUUGCGGCAAUGGCGUUUGCGAUGCCCAGAAUCAAUGCCAAUGCAAAACAGGCUUCACGCUUGAACCCACCACCCGCCAAUAUUGCAUACCGCACUGUGAUAAACCCUGCGAAUACGGCAAGUGUGUGGCGCCCAACAAGUGCGAUUGUUUCGACGGGUAUCGCUUGACGGCUGGUGGAGUGUGUGAGCCAAAAUGUGACAACUGUGAGAAUGGCCAGUGUACGGCACCUGGUUUGUGCACCUGCAAAAAGGGUUAUCUGAAGGUGGGCGGUGUUUGCGAGCCCGUUUGUACACUUGGCUGCGAUAAGGGACGUUGCGUUGCACCGGAUAUCUGUGAAUGUUCCAAAGGUUUCGAGCUGGACCGCACCGGCACCAAGUGUGUACCACACUGUGAUCAACCCUGCCUUAAUGGUGUCUGCGAUGGCGCCAACAGCUGCACGUGCAACCCAGGCUAUGUGUUGGAUCCAAUACAGAAGAAUAUUUGUCAGCCCCACUGUCCGCAAGGCUGCCCCAAUGGCUAUUGUACCUCACCAAACUUUUGUGUCUGCAAACCGGGUUACCGCAAAUCCGGCAUCAAGGGACGUCAAACCUGCACGGCUUUCUAGGUUUUUAUAUGAAUUUAUUUAAAAAUUGUGUUUACGAAUUAUUCUCAAUAAAAAGUAUCAACGAAUUUAUAAA